ACAAAUUAGCAAUAAUUUCCAGUCACCUAGUGUUUGUUCAGUAAAAUGGCUGAAAAGGCCUCUAAGAAUAGGGGUUUGUUCAUUUCUCUGAAGAGAUGGGGUAGCCAGAGUAAAGUUGGGCCAGCCAGCCCUGGGCCAGCCAGCCCUGGGCCGGCCAGCCUUGGGCCAGCCAGCCUUGGGCCAGCCUCGCCCAGCCCCGGAGUUGUGAACAGAACCAUGAUCACAGUGACGCGGCCUAGUCAGUCCGGACCUCCAUCGCCCAAAGAGUUUUCCGCGACUGGUAUUGAGGAGCUGAUACAAUGCUCACUGUGUCUGGAGGACCUCCACAACCCCAAGAUGUUGCCGUGUCAACACACCUUCUGUUUUGCAUGUCUCACCGUUUACAGCUCGGAUCUUCACGUAUUUGACUGCCCAACCUGCCGUACCAGGAUACAGGUCACCUCGCCGUCGUUCAUCGACAGCUUGCCCUCAAACCUGUACAUCGACUCUUUGCUUAACCUCGUGAAGAACCGAGGCUCAGACAGCCAGCAAGGGAAGAGGAACAUUGCGAAGACCGAGCCUACCUUGCCGGGUCACGGGGUGCAGAGCGUGCAGUUGUUCGCUGGCGGAGUCCCGUGCUCGCAGUGUAAGACUGUCUGCGAUAGUCCUGAUGUUACCAGCUGUCAGCAUUGUAAACAGAAAUUCUGCCGUUUAUGCUGGGGCCAGCACAUGGAAGACAUCCAGACGCAAGUGGCGUCCAUAUUGAAGCAACUAGACACCGCCGCUGGCCGCAUCGACCACAAGAUUGAAGAUUACAAGGACCGCUGCGAGCAUCUAACAGAGCAAAUAAACUUGGCUGCCGACGAGAAAAUCAACGAGAUACUCGAGUCCAAAGACAAACUGCUAAAAGAGGCGGCAACCCUGACCAAGACUGGGGACAUCAACGCACUAGCUCUGAAGAUCUCGCUGAAUGAAGCUAGGGUUGUCGCUAAGAAGGCUAUGAACAGUGAUGUCGGUGUCAAGGAUGCUGAUAAAGUAUUCACGUUUAUUAAUCUUCAUCAAAAUACUUUACAACUUCUUUCGGACAUUUCAAAAUGGGACUCAGAGCGAUUUAUUAUCUUCAAUAAGGAGAAUUUUAGUAUCGAAGUAGACGCAGCUACACCUUUGUAUGCCGAGUCGGAUGAACCUUUACCUGCUGACAAUAAGACCAAAAAUCCUUUGGAGAAUGAAAACAGUUUGAUGGUGCAUUAUAGAUCACGAAACUUCAUUCCCCACUUCACGUGGCGCAAGACCUCCCGUCCUGGCGGCGUCGGGGUGGACCCUUGGAACAACUACCUCUACAUCUGUGGCAUGGACACCCACAGUGUACUGGUGAUAGAAUGCUCUCACGCUAAGAUUGUGGCCAGGCUGAGUAGUGAGGAGAUGCUGUGUCCCGUGCAUGUCGCGUUUAUGAAGAGCUUGGGAGAGGUUUAUGUAACUGACAAAUGGAAGCACUGCAUCCACGUGUUCUCCAAGGAAGGGUCGUACAUACGCACAGUGGGGUCGAAGGGCAGUCGCGCCGGCAUGUUCCGCUCUCCGGAGGGCAUCGCCACUGAUGAGCGCAGCGGAUUACUCUAUGUAUCAACCACUGGGAAUGAUAGGGUGCAGGUAAUGCAGCCAGACGGCAAAGUGGUGGACCUUUUGGGUGUAGUCACCAAGAACCAAGUGACGACCUCAUAUAGGCUGGCUGGCUGGCAAGCGAAGGAGGUCACCUGCACGGAACUAAACGCCCCGACCGACGUGGCCCUCACUCACGACCGAGUCAUCAUCCUCGACAGCGGCAACCGAAGAGUCAAAGUCUACAAUAAGAAAGACAAACAGAAGAUUCUAGAAUUCGGCUCCUUAGGCCAGCGGAAAGGGCAGUUUAGACAACCGGAGGUUUUAACUGUCGAUGCUCUCGGUUUCAUAUUUGUUGGGGAUUCAGGGAAUAGCAGGGUCCAGGUUUUUAAACCUAACGGACAGUUGGUGAGAGUGUUCGGUGGGUAUGGCGCAGAGCCGGGCAAGUUCGGGUGGAUAUCCGGGAUACACGUCACACCACAGUUGGACGUCAUUAUUAGUGAUACCAAGAACCAUAGUGUUAAUUUCAUAUAGCAUUAAGUUGAGUUUUACUUCUUGUAAAGGUGUUCUAAUGUUCAUUGUUAAUGCUGCGAGUGAUAAUGUCACAGAAAAGCUUUUGAUAUGUGUAUAACAAUUAUUUAUUUCUAUGAUAUUAGAACAUUUUAAAAAUAAAUUAUUCCAACUUAA